AUGAGCAAGGCAGCCGUCUCGCGCCCGCGCGUGUACGUGCGUCUACGCCCGUUGAAUGAUCGUGAGAAGAAGGAGGGCGGUGGCGAACUCGUAUGUCGUGGUGACGCGCGAAUGCCUGACACGCUCUUUUUGAAGGGCGAAGAGGGGGCCCCGGAGUUACAGACACGCUUUGAUCACGUAUUUGAUCGCGAUGCAGUACAGAGUGAGGUGUUUCGAGUCAUUGGGUCAGAGGUGCUUGACGCACUGUUCAGUGGCUACAAUGCCUCUGUAUUUGCGUAUGGGCAGACAGGCAGUGGCAAGACUUACACGAUGGAGGGCAACCGCACAAAACUGGAAGGUUACGGACUGACGCCGCGACUGAUCCGUGCCGUCUUUGAACGGUUUGAGGCGAACAAUGACAUCACAGAUAGCGCCUGUGAGGUGAGUCUAGUGCAGAUCUAUCAGGAGAAGAUCCAGGAUCUCUUGGCAGGGCAGAAAACCUUGGAGAUACACAUGGAUCGCACGGGACAGUACGUAGCACGAGACGCGACAUGGACACGUGUGAAGGGCCUUGAGGAGACGAUGCGGCUGUACACGAAGGCGUCGGAGAUACGUGCGACAUCUGCAACUGAGAUGAACCUUGUCUCCUCACGCAGUCAUAUGAUUAUGAUGAUGAAGUUGCAGUGGGAUGAACCGUCUUUGCCAGGCUCACGUGCGCAGCUAAACCUCAUUGAUCUUGCAGGGUCCGAGCGGCUAGCACAGUCGGGUGCGAAGGGCGACAGCAUGUGGGAAGCGAUUCACAUAAAUAAGUCACUAAGUGCACUCGGCAAUGUCGUCUCUAAGUUAGUAGAGCAUGCGAAGCACAAGGGACGCCGUAUUCAUAUACCAUACAAGGACAGUAAACUGACAUAUCUCUUACAGUCAAGCUUGGGCGGAUCCAACCUCAUUCACUUUAUCCUGGCAGUGUCUUGCAGCGCAUUGUGGAGUUCCGAGACGAGGUCGACGAUUGAGUUUGGCAAAAGAGCCCUGCAGUUGGUGCUGCGUCCAGUGCGUAAUGCGAUUGACUACAAGCGGUUGGCAGAGAUGGAGGAUAUGAUUGAGCGGAUGCGGUCACACAUCGCCAGCCUGGAGCAGGAGCUACGCGAUAAACGCAGCAAGGAAGCGGCAGAGUUCCUGAAGCUGAAACAAAUUCCACAGCACGACGAUGAGACUCCUGAACGCCCGGAUUAUCAUCGUCUUCAGAGUAGACAAAAGAAGAAGCUUAAGAUGCAAACCGAGCUGUCCCGCAUUAUUUCAAAUCUACCGGAGACCUUUGAUGAUUUAACCUCGCACAGUGUCUUAUUCCCUGAGUCCAAGGCAAGCUUUCGUGAACUGGGCGGGCUGGAACUGCUUGUGCGCUUUGUAGAUCGUUCUGCCUCUACCUUUUACCGCUCCAACGCAGCACAGACCAUUGCUAGCGUCUUGGAUGAUGCUGGACGGGAGAUGUUUGAGGAAAUUGGUGGCCUUGAUGCCUUGACGCGGUUGCUGCAAGUUAGGGAGGAACGCUGCAAGGAGGCGGCAUGCGUGGCGCUUGAAGCCGCGUGUCGCGGUUGCCUAAAAAACAAAAUGAAGCUUGCCCCUGUGGUGUACACAGAGUUAGUAGAGCUUAUAUAUAGCUAUCCAAAUCAACAGGUUCAAGAAGCCGCAUGUACAGCAGUGGCCGCGAUUGUGGAUCUUUACCCCGAUGCACGACGGAACUUUGAGCGACUUGAAAUUGUACCCAAACUUCUUGAGACGUUGCGAAACACCCCUGAGGAGGUUGUUAAUCUCACCAAGGCAGCCACAAACUGUGUGGGACGCCUGGCUCACGGAGAUGCAGAUAUGCAGUACAUGAUAGCAUCCUUUGGUGGAAUUGAUCUACUUAUUGAUGUUUUGUUCAGUCCCGCAGGAACACGUGACCAUCAGGUUCCUAUUCUUGCCUCUUACGCUCUUGUGAAUUUAUGCUGCAGCAAUGAAAGGAAUCUUGACAUCGCACGCGACAAUCCACGCUACGGUGAGGUGAAAUUUCGCCUGCUUGAAGGUCUUGCGCGUGUCUUUGGUAAAAAUACGGCCCGCGAAGGGUACGGUCGUGCCACCGCCCAAGAAACAGAAUCACCCUUUCCAUACUAUGGUGUCACCAUUGCAGAUAAGUGGUCCGCCACAUCCUCCGGUGGUCGCCCAAUCUUCUCCACCUUUAUGGACAACCCACAGUUUUACUUAUAUGUGACGGAGACGACAGAUAUUGCCUUUAUGAUCCAAGACCUGCUUUACGAAGCUCGCAUGAUGAAGAAGAAAAAGAAUAAUACAGUGUAUAUGGGGUUAGCCCUUUUUGAGGGCGACCCUGAGCUCUCGAAGGUGGAGCUAAAACAACUGGACUUUCAUGGACGCAUGGUUGAGAUUGGGAAAUUCACCUCUAACUGUGAAAAUGUGCUGCAUUGUACGCUGCAACCGAGUGAAACUCCGUAUGUUGUAGUCCCCUUCACUAGUCAACGGGGUCGUCAGACGGAGUUUGCGCUUUCAGCCUUUGGUGACAAAUUUAUUCAGCUUACUGCCGUGCCAGAGCAGGUAGGGUGGGUGCGAACUGUGCUAGAUGGCUCCUGGACCGAAUUGACGGGCCGCGGCGGCAGCGGCUUUGAUUGGCGAUGUAAUCCACAAAUUCGUUUGCAACCGAAAGAAAACUGCCGUGUAGUGUUUGUACUAUCGUACCUCUCUGUAGAUCGCCAACGUGCCCAUUCGCGUGAUGAGGAGGGGGAAGAGCAAAAUAAGCGUCCCCGCCUACAUGGAAGACUUUUUACCACCUUUGCCCCGGAAAAGCGAUAUCUUAAGGCUAUCGUUCCGCUACCACAGAAGUCUACCUUUGUUGCCAGUAACAACUUUGCUAGCAACAGCUACAUUUCCACGUCUGCCAACCUAAAGGCGGGAGAGGCGUAUGUGUACAUUCCCUUUACAGAGUCUCCCCAUCAGGAUGAAUGGCGACUUUCUGUCUACUGUGACACAGAUGAUAUGACCAUCGCCCCGAUUGACGGGAGUAAGUCAGAGUGGUAUUGCACCUCCUCCGCCGGGAUGUGGGCAGGAAAGCCGAUUUCAGUGCAGGUUGAAACAAAGGGGAAAAUGGUGGCGGUGGUGAGUAGCCCCGGGGUAUUCCUGCGUGUGCGUCUGCUCAAUACAAAAGGGAAAAAGUUGGAAGGCAUUGACGCCUAUUGGAAUGCGGAGGCCUCUGUAGAGUAUAAGAGUCAGGGGAGUGUCACCGUUCAUGUAGAGGGCAUGGUACGCACUGAGAAGGGACAAGAGGCGGCGCGAGAGAUGAAGUUUGAUGUCUUUGUUUUCACAGAGAAUAAAUGUACUGUGCAGCACGUUGACUUCGCUGCCGUGCCAAGCAUUCUUCCACACCCCACGAAAAGUACCCCGCCGGAGCUGCUUAAAUACCCUGUUGAGGUGGUGGACACAGACUUCCCGUUUGAGAACCUUGACCAGAGCGAGGACGAGGACGAGGAGGUCUACGAGGACGAGGAUGCCGAGGAGCGUGGAGUGGAGCUGGAGAACACGCUUAGGCUGCGCAAUGAGGAGAAUGCAAAACUCAUGAAUCGCAUAGUGGAGCAGCAGCGUGAGAUCAUGGAGCUGCGGCAGGUGCGCGGUAAUUCCCCGGCCACCGAGUCGACAGACAAAAAUUGUGUUAAUGGGAAACAGCGCACGAUGGUUCCAAACACAUCCGGGCAACCACACCGUACGUCGCUGCGCGGGCAUCAGUCAAAGAGGUCGGAGAGAAAGUCAGUGGUCAAGGGAGCCGCAGUGGAUAAUGCAUCUUUGCUAGAGAACUCCGACCUCUCAGAAGCCCCACGCGCAGCGAGCAGCGCCAGGACCCGUGCGUUGCAGGAUGCCGUUGAGCACUCCCUGAUCACUCUGAACAGCAUUGAGCGGCACCCCAUCCCCCCAACAGAGCAGGAAUGGGAAGAUAUGCGGAACAAUUUGCGUGAACUCCAACGCCGACUCUUCUUUGCACUUGAAAGAUCUCCUUUGACGUAA